CAUGUUUUUUUGUCUUCUUUCUCUUCCAGCCCAAGCUUUUAUCCAAGGAGCUGCUAGAUCUAGUAGCGUCACAUUUCAACCUGAAAGAGAAGGAAUACUUUGGAAUCGCCUUCACUGAUGAGACGGGCCAUUUGAACUGGCUUCAGUUGGACCGCAGAGUGCUGGAGCAUGAUUUUCCCAAAAAAUCUGGAUUGGUUGUUUUGUACUUCUGCGUCCGGUUCUAUAUUGAAAGCAUAUCUUACCUGAAGGAUAAUGCCACCAUCGAAUUGUUUUUCCUGAAUGCGAAGUCAUGUAUUUACAAGGAGCUCAUUGAGGUUGACAGUGAAGUCGUGUUUGAGUUAGCUGCAUAUAUCCUGCAGGAAGCAAAAGGAGAUUUUUCGAGCAAUGAAACUGUAAGGACCGACUUGAAGAAGUUGCCAGCACUCCCAACGCAAGCCCUUAAGGAGCACCCAUCUCUGGCUUAUUGUGAGGAUCGAGUAAUUGAACAUUACAAGAAGCUGAAUGGGCAGACAAGAGGUCAAGCCAUUGUCAA